AUGGUCAACCUCCUGAUCACGGGCGGGCUUGGCUUCCUCGGCCAGCAGGCUGCUCGCCGCUUCCUUCGGCGCGGCGCCGCGCUGUGGAGCCCUGUCGACCGCUGCCUCAAGCCGCUCUCGCAGCUGACGCUCUUCGACGCGGGCGGCAUCCCGGACGACCUGCCCGCGGAGAUCACGCAGGACGAGCGCGUGCAGGUCAAGAUCGGCGACAUCACCGCCGAGGGCGUACCCGCAGAGCUGGUCGACGAGCCAGACAUGGCGGUGCUUCACCUCGCCUCGAUGGUCUCGGGCGACUCGGAGCUCAACCCGGACCGCGCGUGGGAGGUGAACGUGCUGGCGCAGCGCGCGCUCCUCGACGCUCUGGCCGCCUCCGCGCCCGGCGCCCGCUUCCUCUUCACCUCCUCGACGGCGACGUUUGGAAGCCUGCCGCCACAUGCGCCGCCCGACUACGCGGCCGGCGACGGGACAAAGCAGCUGCCCGGCAACACAUACGGCUUCUGCAAGGUGGUGUGCGAGCUGAUGGUGAACGACUACGCGCGGCGCGGCGCUGUCGACGGGCGCGGCCUCCGGCUGCCCGUCGUCGUCGUUCGGCCAGGCGCGCCACCGCCCCUCGCCACCGCCCGCCGUCACGCUGCUGGAGCGCUUGCCGGCCCCAUCCUUUAG